AUGGGGAAUUCACUUGCAUGUUUUGCACCAACACAAACACCAACAAAGGCAAAAACAACACAGAAAGAGCUUAUACCACCAUGGCUAUCUCCUUUAUCCUCCCUCAAAAAAUCAAGAAAAUUGCAGUCGGAGGAGCCUGACGUCGUUUUCGAAGACUCUUACAUCAAGAAACAGGCACAGAUAGCUACCAUGCUUUAUCAUCAACACUUGCAAAACAAUGGUGGUCAUGAUCAUCUUAUUCGCCAGUUCGAACGAUCCGUGUCGACCCAAAAUCACCCUAUGAAUUCUUACAACAAGUCGAAAAGGAUGCCCGCACGAUCACGCUCACUUUCGUGCUCGACUUCUGUGCUCCCAAAUCAGGACGUAGCAAGGAGUGAUGGUGAGCAAGAGCAGAAGCACUUUGUGCUGGUCCAUGGUGGAGGUUUCGGAGCAUGGUGUUGGUACAAGAUUAUAGCUCUCCUUAAACAACGCAAAUACGACGUUGAUGCCAUAGACCUCGCUGGCUCGGGAUCCAACUUCUGUGACAUUAAUUCCAUCAAAACUCUAGCUCAAUAUGCCACACCAGUCACUCAUUUCCUAUCAAAUCUUGGUCAUAACAAACAGGUUAUAUUAGUGGGACAUGAUGUUGGUGGAGCAUGUAUCUCUCAUGCAAUGGAGAUGUAUCCUCACAAAGUCUCCAAGGCCAUAUUUGUGGCUGCAACUAUGCUCACUCAUGGCCAGAGACCCCUUGAUAUCUUUUCUCAACAGUCAUGUUUGAGUGACAUUAGCCGACGUGCCCAAAAAUUCAUAUAUGCAGAGGGGAAGGAUCAUCACCCAACUGCUAUAGAUUUCGACAAGUCGCUUCUGGACGACUUCUUGUUUAACCGAACACCUCCAAAGGACAUUGCAUUAGCAUCAGUAUCGAUGAGGCCUGUACCGUUUGCUCCUGUGACCGACAAGCUUUCUCUUUCGUCACAAAACUAUGGUUCCAUCGCAAGAUUUUACAUAAAAACGGAUGAUGAUUUUGCUAUCCCUCCUUCGCUUCAAGAAUCUAUGAUACAAUCAAGUCCAGCUAACCAAGUUUUCGAUCUCAAAAAUUCCGACCACUGCCCCUUCCUCUCCAGGCCACAGCCACUGUGUAGGCUCUUAAUACAAAUAUCAAAUAUCAUAUAG